UUCUCUGGUUCCGAAUGGUUUUUACAAUUGUGUUGCACUGGGGAAAGUAUAAAAAUUUAAGAUUCCUUGGAAUUCUUGUGUAAAUAUUAUUAAAUAUAUAUGAUGAUAUAUAUGAGCAAAAUAUAUAGAAAUAUUGGCAUAAUUGUGUGACCGAAGUGAAUAUAAGUAAAAAAAAUAGUUUGUGUUUUGAGGAAUAAAUAGAGUUUUGAGCAASAAAACGCUGUUCAGCAGAAAGGAGAAAUUUUGAUGACGGCCAAGAGUAUGUGCGUGUGUUUUUGUGUGUGAGCUUGUAUUGUUCACGGAUAAAAUAUCAUAAUUAAAAAAUAUGCAGAGGAAGUUAUCGCGAUAAGAAAUUAAAUAUUUAAAAUCUCAAAAGUUUGCUUUCGGUGUACUAUUUAUAACAGAGGUAAAUCUUAAUUGAAUAUACGAAAAUUAGUUAAUUAGUUACAAUAGCUUUCUCAAGCUUACACUGAUCUGAUAAAAGAGUAGAGUGGAGGUUAUUAAACACAAAGCGGGGGCGUCAUAUUUCAUAUUGAUAUUGGUGAAGUCUUAUGGUUUAAAAAUAUAUAAUGUAAAGCAAUAACGGACUGGUACUAUCAGCCCAUUUCUUAUGAAGGUAUGUGCUGGGCUUUUAGCUGAACAAUGACAUCAAUGGCCAAAAUCUAUCAAAAAACCGCAUCAACAGCAGAUGCAUUUAAAACAUUAUUUGCAAAUAUUAAUAAAUCGUGCUCUGGCAGUAUAUGCAGAGAUACAUUUUUUUUGUAAAACAAAUAAUAAAGUGAAGUUGAUACUACAACAACAAACAGUCAUUUCAACGUGUACUGCUUAACUUAUAGCAGMCCUCGGAGUUCAGUGCCAAGAGCUAUCGGUAAGCUCCCGCAUAAUCGCUUCUUGUUUAGUAAAAUAUACAAGAAUUAAAUAAAAACAAAUUCGCAACCAUGAAUUCAACUGUGUACACCAAUAGUGUCACUAUCAUCAGCAGUAACAGCAAUAGUCACAAUCACAACAACAGCGCCAACAUCAACAAUAUUACAAUUACAAGUAAUAACAAUGCAAAUAAUACAAAUAACUUGCCUGCCUCCACACUCGUAGCUACGAACCAUUCAACAACUACGCACAUAACAACAAGUAGCGAUACAACAGUUUUAACAGCGGCAGCUGGAGGUGAUGCGGCAAAUGUGACGCUUAUGACCCAUAAUACAAGUAACAAAAGCGUAGCAGCGCUUGAUGAUCAAGAGGCGUUACUACAACGUGCCGCAGAUGAACGUGAAGCAAUUUUCAAUCGUUACUCGUUGGGUUUGGAUCCCACUAAUGUGGUCGACCCUUGGGAGAAUCCUACAUUUGAGCUCUACCAUAUUACAGAUAAAUAUGGCUUCAUGCACGAUUCCCGCCUGCCCGACACCCGCGACUCACAGGAGCUACAGCGUACCAAAAUCGAAUUAGAGCGCGACAAGAAAUGGAUGAAAAUGCUUGCCAAUUGGAAUCCCAAUAAUGAGAAAGUGCGACGACGUGUCUUCAAAGGUAUACCAGAUCGUAUGCGUUGGCCAGCAUGGAAAAAAUUGCUGAAUGUUGACGAAUUGAUUGCCGCCAAUCCAGACAAGUACGCAUCUAUGUUGGCAUUGGCGCGUAAAUACUCGACCGAGGUGCGUCAAAUCGAUUCGGAUGUAAAUCGACAAUUUCGUGAUAAUGUCGCUUACCGUCAACGGUAUAGCGUUAAACAGUGCUCCCUCUUCAAUGUGCUAAAUGCGUAUAGUAUAUAUAAUCCAGAAUUGGGUUAUUGUCAGGGUAUGGCAUGUCUGGCCGGUGUGCUAUUGCUCUUUAUGCAAGAGGAAGAGGCAUUUUGGGCGUUAAAUCAAUUAAUUAUAGAUCGUAAAUAUGCUAUGCACGGUCUGUUCAUUGAGGGCUUCCCAAAACUAACGCGCUUCCUUGAACAUCACGAUCGGAUACUGUCGAAGAUGAUGCGUAAAUUGCAUCAACAUUUCAUGAAACACAAUGUCGAUGCCAUUCUUUACUCGAUUAAAUGGUUCUUUGUGAUCUUCGUGGAGCGGAUACCAUAUAGUUUAGCUUUGCGCGUGUGGGAUAUUUAUCUGUUGGAGGGUGAACGUGUCGUCACUGCGAUGGCCGUCACCAUACUAUAUUUGCACAAACAGGAAUUGUUGCGUCUCAAAGAUAUGGACUCAAUUAUUGAAUAUUUGCAAGUGAAAUUGCAUAAGAGUUUCGGUUACAACGACGACUACGUAAUUGAGGCACUCGAACGUAUGUUGAAAAAGUURAAAGAAUUGAAAUUGGAUGUAGCACCACCUCCAAAAGCGAAUGAAUUCCCUGUUCGACCGUUGGGACAAUUCGUGGAGGCGGAUGUUGAGAAAAAAAUCGGGCGACGACGUUCCGAGUAUACCGAUACGGAAAAACAAGUUAUAACUGAUGUGAUAUUGAGGUCUGAACAAAAUGCAGUAGAAGUACAAUCAACUAUGUCGUAUGAGACCUCUGAAUGCGCUACCGAAUACCGUAUUGUUUGCACGCAAAGCUAAUAUUUUAGACGUUGAAGCCAAAUUUUUAAUAUUUCAAAUUGUUAGUUACCAGCACGAUUUUUAUUUUGCAACUAUUCAGCUUCGAAGUCUAAAAUUUCAAUCAUUAUGUAUAUUAUACAUAUGUAUAUGUGUAUGUACAUGUAUGUAUAUUCAUUGUGCUUAUAACAUAAACUUGUAAUUCCUAUUUUAUUCCUAUUUAACUAUUUUAUACUAUUUACCAAUACUUAUUUAUUUAUAUAUUAUGCUUGCAAUGCGAUACCUGUACCAGAUAUUUAUUUACAACUAUGUACUUCAUUUAUAUACAAUACUUAUAAAUACCUACUAUAUAAUAUGUGAAAAAUAUAUAAUUUUUUGUAUUUAUAAUGUCAUUUAAUUAGUUAGUGCUUUUUGUACGCCUGGCGUCAGUAGCUUGCAAAAAGUGCUUUAAAAGUUAACGAAUUUUCAUGGAAAUAUCGAAAGUCUACGCAUUUCAUACUUUGCACUGUAGUAGUGUGUUUAUAGCAUUAAAAAAUGUACUGAAAUUUAAAUAA